AUGUGGCCUGCACACUGUGGCAUAACCUACACAGCCCAUGCAACGGACCAACAACGGACACGUUUGAUGGUCCACGCCAGAACCAGCGGGCGCGAAACCUACCCGAACCCGUACAUCAGCUUCAUCUCCGUUCUCCCGACCGGCAACACGGACUCAGAGAACUACGCGUGGCGGCACCUGCGCUCGCUCGCUGCGUCUGAGGUCAAACCCGUCAUGAAGCAACACGGGUUUAUCGUCAACGGCUUUGAAGAAUACAGGUACAGCAAGGUGUUCGCAGCAUAUAACUGGAAUAUUCUGGAGAACUGCGGGAAAGCCUCGCGCCUUUCCGCUAGCACCGGGACUGUCAACGAAUAA